AUGGAUGUUCCAGUGAAAGACUCGCACGAUUAUUUAUUCAAAAUAUUAUGCAUCGGCGAAGCAAAUGUCGGUAAAACAACGUUUCUUCAUCAGUACAUUCAUGAUAAUUUUGCAAAUUUCCGUUCAACCGUUGGAAUCGAUGUCUUCGAAAAGCACAUUACCGGUGAUAAUGACCAACGUAUUCUCUUACAACUCUGGGAUACUGCUGGACAGGAACGCUAUCGUAGUUUAACAAAAUCGUUAUUUCGUGACAAAUGGUUGACGUAUAUUGAUGCAUACACGCGAGUGGAUGAUGAAAUCUGUCCACCAGUUCUACUUGUUGGCAAUAAAAUUGAUUUAGUUACCAAUCGAAUUGUGGAUACGAUUCGUGCUCAACGAUUAGCAAAUGAACUUCGAAUCUCGUACAUUGAAACAAGUGCAGUGACUGGGACGAAUGUUCAAGAAACUUUUCGUGUGUUGAUCAAAGACAUCUUUCGAUUUAUGGAUGCGUCAAUGCAGAAAUUUUAUCCCAAAUCACCUGUUCUAAACGUACUGACUGGCCAAGACAAACGUCGAAAACGUUCUUCAGUGAAAUUACUUCACAAAUUGUCUCAAACGAAAAAACGUUCGUGCUUCUGUACAUAA